CGUAAAUGUUGUUUAUGGUGGUUUCAGCUACAGAGCAUUUGCAUCGAGCCUGUGUGCCAAUUGGGCCUUCGCCGAUGUCUACUGAAGCUGCCGAGCUCUCGAGAGUCACCACGUGAGUCAUGCUCACAGAAACAUCAGGGUUACUGCAAAGUCAUCAACCUGUCUUAUUCCAUGAUGGCAGGCAUAAGGGAAUCAUCGUUUGAAGUUCUGUCAAGAAUUCUAGCGCACUACACGACGUCGAGCGAUUGUUUGUCGGAACACCUCUAACGAGACUGGGCCCUGUGAUUAGACAGGCAUGGAGGGAUGCACGUGACUUCGAUUAGAGGUGUUCGGUUCCUCCAAGCCCACGGAGCGGGGUUGAGCUCAUCCUCAAGAAGUGAACGAAAAGUAGACGUGAAUGAGUUUGGAGAGAUAUUACUCCGCUCGCAAAUCCGUACGAAAGCUUCAUCGUCCGCUGCCCAAACCAAUGUGGUGUCGGUCAGUCUCCUCGACUACGACCGCGCCGGACUUGAUUUCUUACAAAACAUGCAGAAUUUUCUGGUUUCCUGGUGCGAUCAGCCCCUGCGCAGAUGAACGAAUCUCGACUGUUGUGGUUUAGGAAUCUCCGACAAACAACGCCGGAGAUGAGGUCUCGGACGUUGGUGGAUCCCUUCAGCAGAUCACUUGACAGAUUCUGAGUACGCUCGAUCCAAAGCGCGUGGAGAAAGGUCGUGACUUGGGGGACAUCCAACUUUAACAAAUGAGCAGGAGUGGAGGACUUUUCGUGUUGUCCCUUCAGAUCAGUUGCGGGAUUUCGCAUCAGGAACGAUAUCCCUAAUCAAAGCCUGUCUAUGGCCGACUUUGUUCGACUUCCAUAAUUUUUUUUGGAAGCGCUACUGAAGUCUCGCGGUGUACAUCCUGUCCUACUUAGAGGAGCUCGUCGAUUUGGUGCCUGGCAGCUUGUGAUGUACUGCCUUACCAGCAUUCGUAGUCAGACUAAUUCGGAGGAUGCAGCAGGGCUCGAGCGAAGUGCGAUUGCGGACGAGUUUAACACUCAGCUUGCAAGGCUUCAUCUUCUGGAAAGGACCAGUUUGGUGUUCCCAGCUCAGCUGUGAGUAGAAGCGGACCGUGGAUCCGGGCGUCUGUUUUUAUCCAGUGACAAAGAUGACAUGAGCUUCAGAUCUCUCGAGGAGAUCGAUGUUUCCUGUCAGAGUUCGUGCGAAUUCAAGCUUCGAGGUUUCAAGAAAAACCUUGCCCGACUCGUAAGGCUCGCCAGACGAUACGAAAUCAGGGCUUUGACGGCUGCUGACGAAUUUGAGUGGCUGACGAUCGAGUUUGCUAGCUUUCAUCCAGAUCGGAGUCGAUAAGGGAAAGGUAGGAGAUGGAAGGAGGGCUGGUGAUCGAAAAGGAGCAGAUUCGGUCGAUCCUCUCCUACUCAGCGCUGGUGGACAAGCUGCAAGAGGCGUUCGGCAACGCGCGCAGCUACACCAUGCCCGAGCGACAUCACCACGACAUCCACGCGAGGGCCGGGGGCAGGCUGCUGAUCAUGCCGGCGUGGUCAGCAGACUGGGGGCCCAAAGCGUACAUCGGGACCAAGCUCGUCACGGUGUUUCCGAAGAACGCCAACCAGGGCCUGGCGUCGGUGCUCGGAGUGUACGUGCUGGCGAGCGGGGACACGGGGCGACCCCUAGCGCUGAUGAAUGGCACGGAGCUGACCCUGUGGAGGACGGCGUGCGUGUCCGCGCUGGCAGCCCGGUAUUUGGCACGGGCCGAGCCUCGGCUCAUGGUCAUGGUCGGAGCGGGGGCCUUAGCCCCGCACCUGAUCCAAGCCCACAUCGCCGUCCACCCGUCGAUCGACACGAUCAUCGUCUGGAACCGCACGCACGACCGGGCCACGGAGCUGGUCGAGGCGCUGAGGAGGCUGCCGUUGUUCUCCGAGUCGUUCAGGUCCGUGCAUACGAGGAAGGACUUGGAGGACAUCGUCCGCGCCGCGGACCUGGUGGUGUGCGCUACCAUGGCCGACGAGGCUCUGGUUCGGGGCCGCUGGCUCAAGGCUGGCGUCCACGUCAGCCUGGUGGGUUCUUUCAAGCCCUCCAUGAGGGAAUGCGACGACGACGCCGUGACGCGGAGCCGAGUUUUCGUCGACGCGGACGCGGCCGUCUGCGACGCCGGCGAGCUGAGUGGUCCUAUCGCCCGCGGCGUCGUCUCGAAGGCCCACGUCGUCGGCGACUUGGCGGCGUUGGUGCGCUCCGACGUCGACGGGCGACGGUCCCCCGACGACGUUACGCUCUUCAAAUCCGUGGGCUGCGCUCUCGAGGACCUCGCGGCGGCCCAACUCAUUUACGAAACGGCCGUCUCGUCCCCUCCGCCGUGCUCCCCCUCUCCCUUCCCGUCCUCCACAUUCGUCCCUCGCUCGGCCCGAUCCGACCAGCCGACACCUCCCACUCCGACCCCGAACGAAAUCCAGUGUCCUCCCGAGGAAAGUUAGUAGGCGCCCUGCGAAGGAGGUGGCUUAGAUCAGUUCUUCAUCUUUCGGUGUCCUGUGCCAGUGGUCGAUAGAAAGGUCGAGGGAGAAGGGAAAGUUGCCUCCACGAGCGAAGGAUGGUGAGCUAGUGAUUGAGAGAAUGGGUGCUUCGAGAAAGGGAAAGGUGGUAGGGAGGGAAGAGAAGCCGCCUAUUUGCAGGUGGAGAUAUGGGUGCUGUGGUUACGAGCACGUGCGACUGCGAUCGCCUGGACUAGCGUACCAGGUUUGGAUGUUGUAAUGAAAUGCUCAAUACUUGAAAAGUCUUGGAUUGUAUGAAUGCAGCGUGACACAUUCACAGCUCUGGCUCUAUCUAGGUAGGCCAGAGCUGUGCAUGUGUCACUACUUGGUAUGUGCCUUGGCCCCUGCUCACAGAUGACGGAUUUCUGUGCCCGCGCAGAUUUUUCUCUCGCUCUCUCUUGUGGCAAAGCUUGGAUAAGUCUUGAGUAUCGUUGAUUAGCCAUUAAUCUCAGAGCAACGCAAAGUUAUCCGGACGAGAAUUGGAAAGCUAAGUCGAGCAAUCCCUCCGUUCAUCGUGAUAGAGGAGGAAAAUAUUGUUCGG